AUGGACACAGACACAGGCAUGCACCAAAACCAACACAACAACCAACACAACAACCAACAGUUCAAAACACUGCACCACAACCAACAGUUCAAAAUCCAGCACCACAACCAACAGUUCAAAACACUGCACCACAACCAACAGUUCAAAACACUGCACAGCAACAACCACAAACAGAGCAAGGACAUAAAAGAAGUAGAGAACAAGGAAACCAAGAAUUCUUAA